GCGAGUCAAGCGAGUGUUCGUCACUUUUGUCUUUCUCUGCGGGAUUAAAAGUGACAAACAUCUUUUUUUUUCGUGCUGACAUCAUGAACUUGUUUUUAUUCGUUCUUCUGGUCAUGCAAAUGCACAGCGUGACGCCUGUGAUUCACACGCUGCAGUAUUUCGAAACUGCGUCCUCUCAAGUUCCAAACUUCCCAGAGGUUGUGAUUGUUGGUUAUGUUGAUGGAGUUGAGAUUAGUUACUAUGACAGCAACAUCAGGAAAACAGAAUCCAAACAGGACUGGAUGAACAAAAUCACAGCAGAGGAUCCAAAAUACUGGCAGAGAGUAACAGAUAUCAAUGUUCGUAAUGAGUUAAUUACCAAACACAACCUUGAAGUUCUUAAGAAGCUUUUCAACCAAACUGGAGGUGUUCACAUUGUCCAGUGGAUGUCAGGAUGUGAAUGGAAUGAUGAGACUGAUGAGGUUAAAGGUUGGCAUCAGCAAGGUUAUGAUGGAGAAGAUUUCAUAUCGUUGGACAUGAAGACAUGGACAUAUACUGCAGCAAAACCACAAGCUUUCCCUGACAAACUCAAGUGGGACCAGAACAUAUUUAUACUAGACCACCAGAAGUAUUAUUACACUGAGCAUUGUCCUUCUUACUUGAAGAAGUAUGUGAAGAAUGGGAAGAAGGUCCUAAUGAGAACAGAGCUUCCAGAGGUGUUCCUCCUCCAGAAGACGCCAUCCUCUCCAGUCACCUGCAUGGCGACAGGUUUCUACCCCGACUUAGCCGACCUGUUUUGGAGGAAAGACGGCGAGCAGAUCUUCGAGGACGUGGAGCACGGAGAGCUGCUCCCCAACCACGACGGAACCUUCCAGAUGUCGGUGGAGCUGAAAGUGGAGGUGACGGCCGAGGUGGAGGGCAAGUACGAAUGUGUGUUCCGGCUGUCUGGCGUCAAGGAGGACCUGGUCACCAAGCUGGAGAGAAGAAGCAUCCUGAGCAACGCAAGCCAUGAAGACAACUGGAGCGUCGCCCUCGCUGCCACGGCGGCGGUCGUCGCUGUGGCGGCCGUCCUGGCGGCCAUCAUCAUCGUCAUGGUCAGGCGUCACAGAAACAGACAAGACUGUGCCAGGAGCACCAAUGAUAUGAUGGCCAGAACGUAUACAAUUGGAGACGACAGGAAGUGGUUGCCAAGUCUCCUGGGGUGGCAGAAUUUAAGGAAAGAUGGCCUGCCCUCUUCGAACCAUUCCAGGUACACUCCAAAACUCCUGGAGCUCUUCGGUGCAAAAGGAGGAGUGACUGGUCAGCACAUCAAGAACUUGUUGAUAGAACUGAUACAGGACCCAAGUGCCUCUGCAGUGAUGAAGAGAGAUGUGACUCUGAGAUGCCACGGAGACUACAUGAGAGAGAGUGGACAGGAGCUAAUCUCUGACUACUGUAGAGAGAUCGUCGCCUUCGUCUUCUGCUUUGUCUAUAUUGCGGAAAAGCUGAGCAUCGCAUCUACCACUGUCCUCAUCGUCCUGCACGCCGUCGCACUCAAGCGUCACCUCGUAUAA